CAACCAGUUUAUUGAAAGCGCAGUCACGAAUUGUAACAAUGCACGGCGACGCGCACAGAACCAGACGUAGCUCUUCCCAGUGAGAGGGAGAGGAGCGGUAACAGAAUAAACCACACCACACCACAGACACAGGAGAGAAGGGAACAAGGAAAUAUCAGGACUAGAGGAAGAGGUGUUUAGGAGAGACAGCAGAGAUCCGCUUCAAAACUACAACAUAAUUACCAUAUUUCGACAAUCGGUCUCAGAUUUGAUUUUGAACAAAGGGAGAUUUAAAAAAAAAAUAACAUUCCCGAUUCAGAAUGUCGGGGAGUCGGGAGGAGGAGCGGCGCAAACUCGCCGACAUCAUUAACCACUGGAACGCCAACCGGCUCGACCUGUUCGAGAUCAGCCAGCCCACCGAGGACCUGGAGUUCCAUGGGGUGAUGCGAUUUUACUUUCAAGACAGAGUUGCAGGAAACUUUGCCACUAAAUGUAUCCGGGUGUCGAGCACAGCCACCACGCAGGACGUGAUUGAGACGCUCGCUGAGAAGUUCCGCCCUGACAUGAGGAUGCUCUCGUCUCCCAGAUAUUCCCUUUACGAAGUGCACGUCAGUGGGGAAGAACGACGGCUGGAUCUGGAUGAGAAACCUCUGGUAGUGCAGCUGAACUGGAACAAAGACGACAGGGAAGGCAGAUUUGUACUGAAGAACGAGAAUGACAUACUCCCCAAGAAGGCGCAGAGCAACGGGCCGGAAAAGCAGGAGAAGGAAGGAGUGAUCCAGAACUUCAAGCGUACCCUCUCCAAGAAGGAGAAGAAGAAAGAGAAGAGGAGGGACAAGGAGGCCUUUCCAAGGGUGCAGGAUGGGGAUGAGCACUCCUUACACAAGGAGGAUGGUGAGAACUCCCGAUUGGCUGCAGAGGUGUACAAGGACAUGCCAGAAACCAGCUUCACGAGAACGAUAUCCAACCCUGAGGUGGUCAUGAAGCGCCGGCGGCAACAGAAACUGGAGAAGAGGAUGCAGGAGUUCCGCAACAGCGACGGCCGGCCUGAUUCAGGGGGGACAUUGAGGAUCUACGCAGACAGUUUGAAACCAAAUAUACCGUACAAGACAAUCCUUCUGUCCACCACAGACACUGCGGACUUUGCUGUCGCUGAGGCGCUAGAGAAGUACGGCCUGGAAAGGGAAAACCCCAGUAAUUACUGUAUCGCUCGGGUCUUGCUACCUCCUGGAUCUCAGCACUCCGAUGACAAAGGUGCCUCUGAGAGUAUCCUUGAUGAUGCUGACUGUCCCCUUCAGAUCUUCAGAGAGUGGCCGAGCGACAAAGAAACAUUAGUUUUCCAGCUCAAGAAACGACCUCCAGAUUAUGUCCCAAAGAAAGCUAGGAAGCCUGACGAGAAAGUGCCGAGGGGGAAGUCUGUUGACGGGUCUCUCCAUGUCCCUUUGCCCCCUGAGAAGCUGCCCUACCUGGUAGAGCUGAGCCCAGGGAGAGGGAAUCACUAUGCCUACUACAGCUAUCGCCAGCAAGAAGAUGGGUCAGACUCCAGGGAUAAACCAAAGCUCUAUCGGUUACAGAUGAGUGUCACAGAGGUCGGCUCAGAUAAAAUAGAUGAAAACUCGAUCCAGUUGUUUGGCCCAGGAAUCCAGCCCCACCACUGUGACCUCACCCACAUGGACGGCAUGGUAACUGUGAUCCCAAGUUUUGAUGCCGAGACCUACGUCGACGGUCAGCAAAUUGCUGAGACCACCAUGCUGAGAAGUGGCAUGAAGGUCCAGUUUGGGUCUUCUCAUGUCUUCAAGUUUGUGGAUCCCAGCUAUGACCAUGGGAUGACCAAAAGGAGCAUGGACGCUGGCCCCAUGGUCAAAGGACAAAGGCACAAAUCAGGAAGCGUUCCUGAAACAACAUUUGAACUGGACGGGGACAUCCACAGUGGGACACCGCUGCCGACAAGCAAGAGUUCGAGCAGGCUGGAUAUUGAGAGAUCCACCCUCGGCGAGCGUAGCAUGGUGAAGCCCAUGGUGCGAGAACAGCAGCAGGACUACCGCAAGCAGGAGUCCAGAUCCCAGGAUGGACAGGGACCAGAGCUGAUGCUACCAGCCAGCAUAGAGUUCAGGGAAAGCUCUGAAGAUGCCUUCCUGUCCGCUAUUAUCAACUACACCAACAGCUCUACAGUGCACUUCAAGCUCUCCCCCACCUACGUACUGUACAUGACCUGUCGCUAUGUGCUGUCCAGUCACUUUCGGCCCGACAUGAGUCCCUCUGAGCGCACGCAUAAGGUGAUAGCCAUAGUCAACAAGAUGGUGAGCACGAUGGAAGGAGUCAUUCAGGAGAUACCCGAGGGGGAUCAGAAACAGAAGAAUAUUGCAGGAGCUCUUGCCUUUUGGAUGGCAAACGCUUCAGAGCUGCUCAACUUCAUUAAGCAGGAUAAAGACCUCAGCCGAGUCACAUUGGAUGCUCAGGAUGUCUUGGCUCAUUUAGUACAAAUGGCCUUCAAGUACCUGGUCCACUGUCUUCAGUCUGAUCUCAACAACUACAUGCCAGCAUUCCUAGAGGACCCAGAGGAGCAGAAUCCACAGCGGCCCAAAAUAGAGGAUGUCCUGAACACCCUGACGGGCGCCAUGUCGCUGCUGCGUCGCUGCCGAGUGAACGCCGCUCUCACCAUACAGCUCUUCUCCCAGCUCUUCCACUUCAUCAACAUGUGGCUUUUCAACAAGCUGGUGACUGAGCCUGACUCAGAGCUCUGUUCCCACUACUGGGGGGCCAUCCUCCGCCAGCAGUUGGGACAUAUCGAGGCCUGGGCCGAGAAACAGGGCUUGGAGCUGGCAGCUGACUGCCACCUUAGCAGAAUAGUUCAGGCAACGACACUUCUGACCAUGGACAAAUAUUCCAUGCAGGAUGUUCCUAACAUUAACAAUACCUGCUUCAAGUUGAACUCUCUACAGCUGCAGGCUCUGCUCCAGAAUUACCACUGUGCCCCAGAUGAGCCGUACAUUCCUCCUGACCUGAUAGAGAAUGUGGUGGCAGUGGCUGAGAACACGGCGGACGAGCUUGCCCGCAGUGAUGGCCGUGAGGUCCAGCUGGAGGAGGACCCAGACCUGCAGCUGCCUUUCCUCUUGCCCGAAGACGGCUACUCGUGUGAUGUUGUCCGCAACAUUCCCAACGGCUUCCAGGAGUUCUUGGAGCCCCUGUGUCAAAGAGGCUACUGCAGGCUGACACCUCACCCUCGCUCUCCAGGCACCUGGACCAUGUACUUUGAAGGAGCUGACUAUGAAAAUCACUUUUCCAAUGACAGCACUGAGUUGCCCAUGCCGAAGGAUCCAGAAAUUGUGACCGUGACGCUUAAGAAGCACAAUGGAAUGGGUCUCAGUAUUGUGGCUGCAAAGGGUGCUGGGCAGGAGAAGCUUGGAAUCUACGUCAAAUCUGUGGUAAAAGGAGGAGCGGCUGAUAUAGACGGCCGUCUUGCAGCAGGAGAUCAGCUGCUCAGUGUAGAUGGACGCAGCUUAGUAGGCCUGUCCCAAGAAAGGGCUGCAGAAUUGAUGACACGGACAGGCUCGGUAGUAACACUAGAAGUAGCAAAACAGGGCGCAAUUUACCACGGAUUGGCCACGCUACUUAACCAACCGUCCCCUAUGAUGCAGAGAGCUUCAGACCGUGGACGUGGCUCAGGAAAACCCAGACCAAAGAGUGAAGGCUUUGAGCUCUACAAUAACUCAGCACAGAACGGCUCCCCUGAGAGUCCACAAAUGUCGUGGGGGGAGCCCCCUGAACCAAAGAAAACGUCAGGAGAGGAGAGGCUACUUAAGAACAGGGCUGACCACCGCUCUAGUCCUAAUGUUGCCAACCAGGCUCAGAGUCCAGGAGGAAAGCCUGUUUAUUCAGGUGGCCCGACGUCAAAAAUCACAUCCGUCUCAACUGGAAACCUUUGCACUGAUGAACAGCAGCCCUCACCACAUCCCGAAGCAUAUCCAAUCCCUACCCAGACCUACACAAGGGAGUACUUUACUUUCCCUGCCUCCAAGUCCCAGGACAGGAUGGGCCCUGGUCCUGAGCAGCAGUGGCAGAACUAUGAGGACAGGCCCCCAGGCCAGCCUGACGAUCACCACUCCAGCAAUAUGUCCAUUCAGCGAGUAACUCGCUCCCAGGAGGAGCUCUGUGACGACCGAGUGUCUUACCAGCCGGAGAGGAUGCGGCAGGAAGAGAUUGUUCAGAUGCAGCAGCGAGAGAUGGAGUAUCAGCGGGAGCGGGACAAUGGUGAGCACUGGAACCAUCAGGUCUCCUCCUCUGUGGAGUCCAGCACAUCCAGCCAGGAGCACCUCAACUACUCCUCUUCCUCCUCCAAGGCCCCCAACCACAAGAGCGGUCCGGGCCGAUGGAAGACACCAGGGCCCCCUAACUCUGCCCCUGUGGCUGUUUCCCAGCCAAUCCAGUCGGACCUUCUGCCCCCACCCCCUCCCCCUCCUCCAGUAUACUACACAGGCGACUUUGACUCCCAGGCUGACCUGCCUCUGCCUCUCCCUCCCCCUCCCCCUGGUGGUGGGCAGCAGCAGGCUAUAGCUGCCGCAGCUGACCGCAAGAAGCGUGACGAGCAACAGCGCUGGUACGAGAAGGAGAAGGCACGGCUAGAGGACGAGAGGGACAGGAAACGGAGGGAGCAGGACAGGAAGCUGGGCCAGGUCCGCAUCCCUCCUGGACCAGGAGUCCCUCCCAAUCUCAACCACCAUCACCAGCAGCAGCAGCCUCCAUUGUCGCCAAUGCCAAUCCAGCACCAGCAGCACCAACACCCACCACCACCUAUGUCUCUACAGCAGCAGCAGUACCACCCCCCUCCCAUGGUGCCCCAGCAGCCUCCCUGGAUUGAGAAGCCUUCCAGUCUGCCCCGGGCGCCCCCUCCACCCCAAGACACAGUCAUCCGGGAGCUGCUCCCCCAGCAGCAGCCACGCACCAUUGAGCGCCGGGACCUGCAGUACAUUGUCAGCAAGGAGGACCUCAACUCUGGGGACAGCCUGUCCCCUGACCCCUGGAAGCGGGAUGCCCGGGAGAAGAUGGAGAAGCAGCAGCAGCUGCACAUCGUGGACAUGCUCAACAAGGAGAUCCAGGAGCUGCAGGUCAAACCGGAGCGCACUGCCGAGGAGAACGACCGGCUGCGCAAGCUGAUGCUGGAGUGGCAGUUUCAAAAGCGGCUGCAGGAGUCCAAGCAGAAUGAGGAGGACGAGGAGGAGGAAGAUGACGAGGAUGUGGACACCAUGCUGAUCAUGCAACGCCUGGAGGCCGAGAAGAGAGCCCGGCAGACUGCUGUCCCAGCAAUCUCUGUUCUAGACUUGGAUAUGACUACAGUUCAGUUAAAAAGGAGUUUACAGGAUGAGGAACGCAGACGCAAGCAGCAGCUGGAAGAGAUCCGCAAGCGAGAGGCAGAAGAACGGGCGAAACAAGAGGAGCGACUCAGGAGAGAAGAGGAGAGGAACCGGCGAGAGGCAGAGGAGAAGCAGAGGAGACAGGAAGAGGAGUAUUACAACCGCUUGGAAGCAGAGAGGCGCCGACAGCACGAUGAGGCUGAACGGAAGCUGCUACCACCUGACGAGCCUGGUCUGUACAGGCCUCCCCUCCCCCGGGACUACGAGCUCCCCCCUCCCCCUCCCCCCUCAGCUAACGCUCCUCCACCCCCGCCUCAGAGAAACACCUCUUACCUCAAAACGCAGGUCGUCUCCCCUGACACAGUGUACACUGCCAAGUUUGUUUCAUACAAUGAUGAGGAGGAGGACUCGAGCCUAGCAGGUCAGGUUAAGUUCUCGGCCACCAGAAAAUCCUAUGGCGACCUUCCUCCUGCUCCCAAGCCGCAGCCUCACCAGCCAUCUGCCCGCCCGCCCCGCCCGGUCUCUGAUGGGAUCUUUCUUUCCAACUCAUUCCAGCUGCCAUCAGCCAAUGCCAACAGUACUGCUUUUAAGGCAGGGCCCCCUCCCCCUCCCAACAAACCCAGCUUCAACCCGUCCGGCAACUCCAAAGGAUAUAAUUCGUACACUGGAACUACAACAGGGGUUGUAGGGUCACAUGAAGUUUACAGGGACCCACGGGAUAAACGGGUCAAAAGUGGUCAAGAUCAAGAUGAUUCUUUGACUGGCGAAGCUCCAGAGAGUAUGACUUUCAAGGAACGCCAGCGAUUGUUUUCCCAGGGACAAGAUGUGUCCAAUAAAGUCAAGGCAUCGAGAAAACUGAUGGAGUUGGAGAACGAACUCAACACAAAAUAAAACUGGAGCCUUAGCAGGAUUGAGCGCAACGCCUCCAAAUGGAAGAGGAGAGCGUCUGUUUUCCUUUUGUACAGUGUGAUUUUGAUUUCCCUAAUAAUUGGACUGUUAAAUAUGAUUUAGAUUUAUUGUUGCAAUAGACAAUUGUGCUUACUUUCAGUGAGAACUGUUCAAGAUAUAUUAUAAUAAAGCACUGUAAAAUAUGUUUUAAUUAUAUAAAAAAAAAAAUCACAUGAAGGGUGGUAUAUUUUUGUGUUCUUUUAAUGGUUUCGGGUUAAUAGUUUCUGGAGUUUAAAAAAGAAAGAAAAUUACAAGCCGUAGUCGCUUGCUUCAUUGGAAAUCUUUGAUAAUGACUAGUUUAAACCACCAAUUUUUUUAGCUGUCAUUGCAGCAAAUAGUUCCAGCUUUCUCUGUUGGUGCAAGCUGAAUUUCCAAGUUAAAAGGACAAUUCUGUUAUUAAAUAAAUACUUCUUUUGAAUCCUUUUGUGCUUCUUAAUGGUAAAGCAGUCUGGGUCAAUUCCAUUGGUUCAAACUGUUGUUUCAAACUAGUGAUGCGGGUCAAGUAUUUGUGUUAAGGCACAAGCCAGGGGCAAGACAUUAAAGUGUAUACUAAGUAAAUAAGCAAGUUGGCACAUACCGUAAUAAAUCUAAAUUUCCCUGAUUUCUAGAAGCAUCUAAUUCCACAUUCCAUCUGCCAAUGGGACUGAGCUAUAAAUUGUAUGAAAUCAGUGCUCAUGUUUCCAUUGACCAAGAUCAAACUGGUUUAAAUUGAAACACUGUCAACUCUAAAUCUAACUAGUGGCAGCCCCAGUUUGAUAUUGGAGCUAGAGGAGAGUUUUAUAAUCUGGUUUCAUGGUGAAGAUGUCUUCAGUCUACUUGUUUACUUAUAGUUUAACGUCAGAAUGCUUGGUUGUGGAGUUAUGGAUGAUCAUUCCUAUUAGGCUGUGAAUAUGUUGGUGCCCCCAUGUCCCCAUGUCUUAAAUUUACAUAUUGAUGAUGAUGAUAUUGUGAAUAUUCCCAAUAACAGAAGAAUAUGGACCAAGCUAUGACUGGAAAUACUUGCAUGGAAAAGGUUACCCAUAUCCAUUCCAUUUGAUAACACAGAACCAAUAGGACUUUUUUUUGUGGUUACAACAUCUGCUUUAAAUAGUCAGUUUCAAUUUUAAACAGUUUCAUUUUACAUGAGGAUUUUGUAAAUCAAAAAAUACAUAAUUGAAUAAAUAUGCUGGAUUUGACAGAAUUUGUACAAACAUUUUUUUAUGUAUCACAAUUUUUUCAUCUAUUUCAACUGGUAUCUGCAGAUCAGUCACUUUAAUCUGCUGCUUUGAAGAAUAAUUAUUAUUUAACACAAUGUGAUAACCCCCUCAAGGUGAAAGGUGGAUCGUCACACUACCCAUUCAGGCAAUAGGCACUAAACAAUUGGGGUCCAGAUUUUUUAUUUUUUUUUUUUUUUAAGCAGACUGCCUUAUUUUCUGUUAUUUGGUCAGGCAGCCAAUGAACACGUUGCGUUUCAGAUAUGAACAAUAUGGCUCUCACCCAGGAAAUGGACCUCACACCAUUGUUUAGAUUUGUUUUUUUUGUUUUUUUCUGAUGUACUUCAAGUUUCUCAAGGUGUUUCCAACCAAAUGUUUAUUUAACUAGGCUCUGGACUGGAUUCUUUAAAAAUUGAUUACAGAUUGUAUAAUAACAAUUGCAGAUCUUUAAUGAAGAUUGGAGUGUAUAUAUAUAUUUUUUGUUUUGCUUUUUUUUUUUUUACUUAUUGGAAGAUUCAUUUUUCAAAAGUGUGAUUUUGCUGUCUGUGUGAAUUGAAGGGCAGUGUGUGUUGAGGAACACAUUAAGGAUGUUGCCUGUACUGGAGUUGAGAGAGAAAAAAAAAAAAAAAAAAAAAAAAAACAGCAGAUCCUAUCUUGCUCAAAAUAAAAACCUAUUCCUGUAAUACAUUCAUCCAUGUACUGCAUAAGUAUUUCAAGUUUUAGUAAAAAUUAACAAGAUUUAAGAGGACAAGUUGAGUGUUUGUGUCUGGAUUUUGUAGGACUUUCAGGAUCUGUUGUAGUAUGUGUUCUCGAGUGCUUUCUCUAAUGUGUGUUUAUAAUAGAAAGCAUUGAAACUGCUGUAGUUUGUCAUUUCUACUGUAUUUCACUUGCAACCUAUUUUUAAUAAACUGUCUUUGUAUUAUGUA